AUAUUCUUUUAAGGUGAAAUUGGGAACCAAAUCAAAUACGUAAUUCAACAAUGGCGCGACCGACCUCCACCGCCCCUUCUACGGCGACCACCACGGCCCUCGAGACGUCCUCCUCCUCCAACCAGCAUCCGCAGAUUAGGGACUCGCUGGUGCUGAAACUGAAGCUUCCGAAGAAGAAGGUGUCGUGGAAGGAAGGAACCGUAGACAACGAGUUUAUGAAUAAGAAGAGCUCCAAAAAAUGCUGCAUCUUCCACAAGGAGAAGCCUUUCGACGAGGACGAUUCCGACGCCGAGUGCGAUCACGAUCACGAUCAUGAAGAGGCUUCGACGAGUCGGUGAUUCAUCGAUUUAAUCGCUCGAUGAUUCUGUAAGCGGUUAUUUUGUGAUUGCGAUUGUCGGAAAUGUUGUAAAAUCUACUGGAAAUUCGAUUGGAAUACGAAGAUUUGAUUUGAUUUGA